GACAAUUGACAUUUGAUAUCUGUCAAUAGUGUCAAUACUGUCACUUGUCUUGAGUCGUUUUGUGCUCCUUUGUAUUUUCAUUUUUCGUGGUUGUUGGCGGCUCAAUUUCCAAAAUGCCGUCAGACGCCGCCCCCGGCUCUCAGCGUUUGACGAACGAUGACUUCAGAAAAUUACUAAUGACCCCACGGGCAACCCCCGCGAAUGCCCCAGCCCCAGGGUCAAUUCGUGAAGCCAUGGCUAAUUCUUCAUCCAUGGCGCCCCCCAAAGAGGACAAAAAUGAGGCUCGACGGAAAAAGAAAAGUUAUUACGCUAAACUGAAAAAACAGGAAGACAACAAAAUGGCAGAACUUGCCGAGAAAUACAGAGAUCGAGCGCAUGAGAGGAGACAGGGGGUUAAUCCCGACUACCAGAAUGACGAUCCUGUGGCAACGGCACAAGCUUACCGAGCAGUUGCCCCCGAUUUAAAAUCAGGGUUCGAUGCAGCGGAACGCAGAAGACAAAUGAUUCAAGAAUCGAAGUUCUUGGGUGGUGAUAUGGAACACACCCAUUUGGUAAAAGGGUUGGAUUAUGCUUUAUUGCAGAAAGUGAGGAGCGAGAUUCAACAAAUUGAGCAGGAGCAAGAACAGGAGUUGGAGAGAAUAGCGACGAAACAUUCAGAAGAAAAAGAAAAAAAGGAAACGCAGAAGAGGGAAGAGGAUGAACUUAAAUUUAAAACAAAAAUUGGGAAGUCGAUUUAUCACACGAUUUGUUCUUUAAAGAGUCGGCAUAUUGAGAGGUCCGAAAUUUUUGUGCCCGGGCGCAUGGCGUACGUCAUCGAUUUAGAUGAUGAAGCUGAAAGUGACAUCCCGACUACCCUCAUACGUUCAAUUGCAGACGUGCCAUCGUUUGAACUUACCACAACCUUAACUACCAAUGAUAUAGUCAUCAACAAGCUUACGCAAAUUCUGAGUUACCUACGUCAAGGUAAUCGCAAAAACAAAAAGACGAAAAGGGGGGUUCCGGAAUCUCGUGAGAAUGAACAAACUGAAGAACAGGAAGGUAAAAAGCCGGCGAAGCGCCCCACGAUGGAUGACUCCAUUUAUGGAGAAAUUGGGGAUUAUGUACCAACUAGAAACAGCAAGCAUGGUUCAAGGGAGCACCACAAUAAGCAAUCAUACUUUGAUAAACAAGAAGAACCUCUAGAUAAUAAUGCUCCAUCAUUCAAAGUCAAUAAGUCAGCACAAAUUUUGAAUAAGUUAGCACAAGAACCUGAGGGUUAUGCCGAGUGUUACCCAGGAUUAGAGGAAAUGAACGACGCUAUUGAUGAUUCUGAUGAUGAAGUGGAUUACUCAAAGAUGGACUUGGGUAACAAAAAAGGACCUAUUGGAAGGUGGGACUUUGAUACCGCUGAGGAGUAUUCUGACUACAUGAACCAAAAGGAGGCUUUGCCCAAAGCGGCAUUCCAGUAUGGGUUGAAAAUGGCAGAUGGGCGAAGAUCAAGGAAACAUAAAGACAAAAAUGAGAAAGCUCAUUUAGAUAGGGAGUGGCAGAAGAUUCAAAGUAUCAUUAAAAAGAAGUAAUUUAUUGUAUUUAUAAUUGUAUACUUGAUUGUACCUAUAUGCAGGUAGCUUAUAAUGAAUAUAUUGUUAAGGAUU